AUGACUACCAAGAGUGCAAAGAGCACCUUCGGUCUUAGCAUACAAGGAUCGAAACAAUUACCUCCAUCACCGCUACUCACUAACACAGAAACAAAUCCUACAACGGCAAAAGUACCUGACAAGAAGGAAAAAGACCAUAUUGCACAUAAUUGCACCCUUCCCAAAAAUAAUCAAAACCAGCAGAAUGGAUAUUAUAACAAGAAUAAUCAACCUAAAAAGGUAAACUAUUGUGAUACAACCGAGGAAAUCUACAUUAACGAAGUAUGGGAAGAAGAAUUGUACAAUGUGGAUCAACCACAAAGAGGUCGACUACCGAAAAAUAUGAUAAACAACAAUGAUAACCAAGAACGAAAAAGAAAAGAAGAGCUUGAAGAACUUGAAAGCUUUUCGUCUGAUUGUGUUCCAUCUGAUGAAGAAAGUGCUGAAGAAACAAAAAAAAGUAGAAAAAUGGUGGAAAUUGAAAGCCCAGCUAUAUGUUUGACAGUAAUGAAAGAAAUUUCAACUGGAAAAAAGGUCUCUGUUGAUGAAAAAUCAACUAUAGAAGAACAAUUGAAUAAGAUCAUAGAAGAAGGAAAUGUUGACGACAAAUAUAAAGAAGAAAUAAAGGAAUUAUUUAAAAACAACAGAACCUUGUUUGCAAAUGGACUGGAAGAACUUGGAUGA